AUGGCUUCAGCUGCGAUUUCUUCACUCUCGUAUCACUUCCGUUCACAGGAACCGAUCUUCUCAUCGAAAACUCCAACCUCUGUUUCGACGGCCUUAACGGGAAGGAGAACAUUUGGAUCUAUCAAAGCAGCUCAAGUGAAAAGCCAUGAGAACCCGAGACGACGCACUCAGAACGUUGAAGGCGAUCUCUUUGUCGACAAUACUUGUAUCGAUUGUGAUACAUGUCGUUGGAUGGUUCCGGAAGUAUUCACCAGAGUGGACAACAUGUCUGCGGUUAUUAAACAACCAACCUGUAAGGAACAAAGGCUUAAUGUUCUUCAGGCCUUGUUAUCCUGUCCUACGGGAUCUAUUCGCACUGAAACUCCACCUACUGACAUAGUGGAAGCUCAAGAAACCUUUCCACUUGCAUUGGACAAAGACACACUCCCUGGAGUUUUUCAUUGUGGGUUUCAUUCCAAGAAAUCAUAUGGAGCAACUUCCUACUUGAUCCUUCAUCAUGAGGGAAAUAUACUUGUUGAUAGUCCCAGGUAUGUAGAGAAACUUGCUGGAAAGAUUGAGAAGAUGGGUGGUGUUCGCUACAUGUUCUUGACACACAGGGAUGAUGUUGCGGAUCACAAGAAAUGGGCAGACCGAUUCAACUCUACCAGAAUUCUGCAUUCUGAAGAUAAAAAAGAUUAUGUGGUUUAG